CUGCCCGCUCCGUUCAAUGUAUUUUUCUUGGCUAUGCGUCUAGUUUUAAAGGAUAUUGUUGUUUUGAGCCCAAGUCUGGCAAAGUUUUUAUUAGUAGACAAGUUCAUUUUCAUGAAAAUAUUUUUCCGUACGCCACAUUGUCUUCUUCUCCGACCACCACUACUCCUUCUUCUCCUCCUCUAAAUAAUGACUUCACUCUCCCUACCACUACCUCCACCGCUCCUCUCGACCCUGCUGCCCCAACCAUAACCGAAACUAUCCUCCCAGCUGUCCCUACGGUCCCGGAUCCCACCAGCCCAGCCGUGCCCCAGUCACCUCCAGCCGAACACUCAUCUUCUUCGUCACCCUCACCCACCGCACCAAACAUUCCACCAAAUUCCCCACCCAUUCCCUCUGUCGUGUCCUUGAAUAACUCCCCCGUUAUUUCAACCGUCCCUGAUCCCUCGUCAGCUACAUCCACGGCUGCCAUUCCCUCCCCUUCCACUAUUUAUGACACCGUCACAAAUAUUCAUCCCAUGCAAAAAAGGGCGAAAUCAGGAAUUUUUAAACCAAAAAUUAUUUUUAAUUUGAACAAUGUUGUUUUAUCAGCUGAUCCUACAUGUUUUUCAGAGGCUAAUAAACAGUUAAAAUGGCGUGCGGCAAUGACUGAGGAAUUUAAUGCUCUUAUUUCUAAUAAUACUUGGGAUUGAGUCCCUUUUGAUAAUACUAAAAUUGUUGUGGGCUCUAAGUGGAUUUAUAAAACUAAAUACAAUUCAGAUGGUUCCAUUGAGCGCCAUAAAGCACGUUUGGUUGCUCAAGGUUUUAAUCAACAGGCAAGUGUGGAUUUUUCUGAAACAUUUAGUCGAGUCAUUAAUCCCACCACAGUUCGUAUUGUACUUACUUUAGUUGUUUCUUUUGGGUGGGUCAUUCGUCAAUUGGAUGUCAAAAAUGCAUUUUUGCAUGGUUACCUCACAGAGGAAGUUUAUAUGCGUCAGCCGCGGGGUUUUAUACACCCUUUGUUUCCUAACCAUUUAUGCCAACUGCGAAAAGCCAUUUAUGGUCUUAAGCAAGCCCCGCGUGCAUGGUUUUAUCGUUUUAGCAGCUUUCUAUUGUCUCAUCACUUUACGUGCAACAAGUCUGAUAAUUCGUUAUUCAUUUAUCACCAGAAUAAUAAUGUCAUUUAUUUAUUAUUAUAUGUAGAUGACAUAAUUAUUACUGGCAAUUCUUCCGCUGUUAUUAAUUCCUUCAUUCAGCUUUUUGCUAAAUAUUUUGCUAUGAAAGAUCUCGGAGAUCUUAACUAUUUUUUAGGAGUCCAGGCUAUGCUUAACACUAAGGGUUUAUUUCUAUCCCAGCAUAAAUACGUUUCUGAUCUUCUCUCUCGUUUCCAUCUCCACACUGUUAAGUCUGUUCAUACCCCACUUGCUACUCACACCUCCAUGUCUCUUACUGAUGGGGAACUUCUUGCAGAUGCCACUGAGUAUAGAAGUAUGAUUGUCAAGCGUAUUUUUAGGUAUUUGCAGGGGACACUUGAUCAUGGAUUAUGGCUUCAGUCAACUACUCAGGCUACCUGCAUUAUUGCCUAUUCAGAUGCGGAUUGGGCAGGUUGUCCAGAUACAUCUCGUUCCACGACUGGUUUUGUAGUGUUUUUGGGACCUAACCUUGUGUCGUGGAAGUCCAAAAAGCAGUCUACCGUUUCCAAGUCCUUUACAGAAGCAGAAUAUCGAGUUGUAGCUUAUACGGUUCAGGACACUUUACAUAUUCGUUCCGUCCUGUUUGAGCUUGGUUUCCCAGUAAGGAUGUUUUUACUUGGACUGUAAUUCCUCCCAGACCUGACCAGACCAGACCAGACCAGCAAAUUACAGUCCAAGUAAAAACAUCCUAACAGUUCCAGUUCAGUUAUUUUGUGACAACAUAUCUGCUUCUUAUUUGACUGCAAAUCCAGUUCAGCAUGCCCGUAGCAAGCAUAUCAAGAUCGAUUAUCAUUUUGUCAGAGAGCGUGUGGCUCAUGGAGACUUAGUUGUGAAGUACAUCCCUACACAGUUACAGUUAGCUGAUAUUUUUACUAAAAUUCUUUCUAGUGAGCAAUUUCAUUUUUUAAAAGACAACCUGCGCGUUGUAUCUCCCGCACAGUUUGAGGGGGUGUAAUAGAAUAUUAUUAGGAUACUUGUUUCCUUGUAUUUCUCAAACUCUUGUAUAUAAAUAUAUCAGCUAGGACUCCUAUUGGAGUACCUUUUCCAUUAAUUCUCACAUAAAC